GCAACUCAGUCCACAAACUCCUGGGAGGAGAGCCCAGCACAGCCUCUGCUUUGAGGAGUGGAUGCACGUUUUCUGCAUGCCGACAUCUAGUGAAGAAACGCUAAAAUCAUAGAGCCUGGUGUGUGCUGAUGACUUGGUAAUGACCAGCCUCAAGGACCCUCAUCACCUUGUCGAAGACCACAAAGUGGCCCACCCUCAGGACCCUCACCACCCAGCGGAGAAGCCCGUCAUCCACUGCCAUAAAUGCGGGGAGCCAUGCAAGGGCGAAGUGCUCCGCGUCCAGACCAAGCAUUUCCACAUCAAAUGUUUCACCUGCAAAGUGUGCGGCUGCGACCUGGCCCAAGGGGGCUUCUUCAUAAAGAACGGGGAGUACCUCUGUACCCUGGACUACCAGCGGAUGUACGGGACACGCUGCCAUGGCUGUGGAGAGUUUGUGGAGGGUGAGGUGGUGACUGCCCUGGGCAAGACCUACCAUCCUAACUGCUUUGCUUGUACAAUCUGCAAGCGCCCGUUCCCACCCGGAGAUCGAGUCACGUUCAAUGGGAGAGACUGUCUUUGUCAGCUCUGUGCACAGCCAAUGUCAUCCAGUUCUAAAGAAGCCACCUGCUCCAACAACUGUGCCGGCUGUGGAAGAGACAUCAAGAACGGGCAGGCGCUGCUGGCGCUGGACCAGCAGUGGCACUUGGGAUGCUUUAAAUGCAAGUCCUGCGGGAAGGUCCUCACUGGGGAAUACAUCAGCAAGGAUGGCGCCCCAUACUGCGAGAAGGACUACCAGGGGCUCUUUGGGGUGAAGUGUGAGGCAUGUCAGCAGUUCAUCACGGGGAAGGUCCUAGAGGCAGGUGACAAACAUUACCAUCCCAGCUGUGCACGAUGCAGCAGGUGCAACCAGAUGUUUACAGAAGGAGAGGAAAUGUACCUGCAAGGUUCCACUGUUUGGCAUCCCGACUGUAAGCAGUCCACCAAGACAGAGGAGAAGCUCCGGCCACCACACUUUCAUCGUCCUUCGUCUGAUUUCUUUUAUCCCAAAAGUCUGAUCCGCCGCACAGGACGGUCCCCAUGGCUGCAGCCCACCAGGACUUCCUCCGAAAGUAUUUAUUCUAGACCAGGCUCCAGCAUCCCUGGGUCUCCAGGCCACACUAUCUAUGCAAAAGUGGACAAUGAAAUCCUGGAUUACAAGGAUUUAGCAGCCAUCCCCAAGGUCAAGGCGAUUUAUGAUAUCGAGCGUCCAGAUCUUAUUACGUACGAACCUUUCUACACCUCUGGCUACGAUGACAAGCAGGAGAGGCAGAGUCUUGGAGAGUCUCCAAGGACUUUGUCUCCUACUCCGUCCGCAGAGGGCUACCAGGACCUUCGGGAUCGGAUGAUGCACCGGUCCACCAGCCAGGGCUCCAUCAAUUCCCCUGUGUACAGCCGCCACAGCUACACUCCAACCACGUCACGUUCGCCCCAGCACUUCCACAGACCUGAGCUCUUGUCUCCUGGUGUGCACAGCUUGUCCUGUCUGCGCACCAGCAGCCUCAGCUCCGCCCGCACUGACUCCCGCCCCAACCCCCCCUUCCGACACCACUUCCUCCCCCAUGUCCAAGGCAAUGAGCCAUCCAGCGGCCGGAACUCCCCUCUCCCUUACCGGCCAGACAGCCGCCCUCUAACUCCAACUUACGCUCAGGCCCCUAAGCAUUUCCAUGUUCCAGAUCAAGGGAUCAACAUUUACCGAAAACCACCCAUCUACAAGCAGCAUGCUGCCUUGGCAGCCCAGAACAAGUCUUCAGAAGACAUCAUCAAGUUUUCCAAGUUCCCAGCAGCCCAGGCUCCAGACCCCAACGAGAUUCCAAAGAUUGAGACGGACCACUGGCCUGGUCCCCCCUCACUGGCCGCCAUAGGAACCGACACGAGACGCAGAUCUGGUGGCAGGGAGGAAGACGACGAGGAGCUGCUGAGACGCCGACAGCUUCAGGAAGAACAAUUGAUGAAGCUGAACUCAGGCCUGGGGCAGUUGAUAUUAAAAGAAGAGAUGGAGAAGGAAAGCCGGGAAAGGUCAGCCAGUCGCCAUGACUCUCCCAUCCAUUCAGUUCCUCACGCUCCAUCAUCUAAAACCUCAUCUCUCCCUGGCUAUGGGAAAAACGGACUUCACCGGCCCGUUUCCACGGACUUUGCUCAGUAUAACAGCUACGGGGAUGUCAGUGGCGGAGUACGAGACUACCAGACCCUUCCAGAUGGGCACAUGCCCGCCAUGCGAAUGGACCGAGGCGUGUCAAUGCCCAACAUGUUGGAACCAAAGAUAUUCCCAUAUGAAAUGCUCAUGGUGACCAACAGAGGGCGCAACAAAAUCCUCAGAGAUGUGGACAGAACCAGGCUGGAGCGCCACUUAGCCCCCGAGGUGUUUUGGGAAAUCUUUGGCAUGUCCAUACAGGAGUUUGACAAGUUACCUCUCUGGAGACGCAACGACAUGAAGAAAAAAGCAAAGCUCUUCUGAGGCCCCCACGUGAAUGGCAACUAGAAAUGGGACUGGCAAUCGCCAGUUGAUGCAAAGGAUGUCCCAGGAAGGCCCACACUUGAUUGGAGGACGUGCAAACUACUGUCCCUCAGCAGCAGCACAAAGGGAGAGUCUGGUUAAAACCCACCCAUGAGCCAAAUAGGGGGCCCACCCUCAGUGACACUUGGCAAGAAGCAGCGGGUUAGAAAUUUCUAUGUUCCCAAACUCAACAGGAGUGACCUUUUUACAUGACCUUCUGUACAUACAGAAGCUACUUCCUUUCUUCUUUCAUUUUCCUUUAACUGUUGUUCAACAAUAGUGCUGACUGUACAGAUAAGAGCCAGCAAGUGCCCUUAGGAUGCCGCAUGGAGAGGAAACAGUGGCAAUCAUUCCAAAGUAUGAAUCCAUCUUCCACAUAGCACUGUGGCUAGGAGAGAACUGUCCAGGGGUGCCUGGCCACGUGGCAGCAGCUACUUGGCAUACAACCCUCUUUCCCAGGCUCCUGGAGCUCUGCCUGUGCCUGACAGUCAUGGGUAUCCGUCAGGGAACCAAGCAGCAGCCAGCAGACUUGAGGUCAGCAAAGAUGAUUGGUAACAAGCCCCUUGUUCUCAACUGUGCCCUGGAAUCGGGCUAGCCAACUGCUCAGCCAUUACUCCCAAAAUGAAUAAAUAAAUGAAAAAUGUAAAAAGCAAAGAAAAGGAAAAAGAAUGAAGGAAACCCUCCCUGAACUCUUGGUCUGCCUCAGAUGGCAUGCUUAGUUCUCCCACCAGACCCAGGGCAGGAGCUGUCCUGGGCUGCACCUUUGCGGAGAGGUGAAAGACAGAAGCUGUCUCCAGAUUGGCCCACGCAGCAUGCUCCUAGGUGAUUCUAUCUGCGGAGAUUCCCCGCCAAACACCAAGCCGCUCCGUGCCCUCCCGCCACCGCACGUUCUUUAACCCAGUGUCUGCUCUGCGCCCGACACCCUGGCAACGAGCCCCCGCCCAUGCUGACUUUGCUUUGGAAGGUCUUUGCAGGAAUAGGCUAAGGGAAGCUGUGUUUUCCUCCCUGACAUCACUGCGAUUCCCAAACAAGUUGCCUCAGAUGGCUUUCGUUUUGGCCUUAGCAGCUUCUUGCUGGCACUGUUGACUUCAUGGUGUGUAUGUUGGGGGCUAG